CGGUACAGCUUUCAGAUAAGUCUGUAAAAAAUUAAAAUGUUUUACGAACUAAAAAAUGUAUUUACAGUCAAUAAAUUGCACAAUUGAGUACCUUAGCAGCCUUCUUCCUGUAUCGUGUUCGUUGAGGAAUAUUUGAUAAGGCACUAUCUCCCGAGCACGAGAAAUAUUUUUUAUAAGAUUUUCUGCUUGACAUUUUGGUAUAUAUUUUAAUUAUUCGUGAGUUUUCUCUUCGAUAAAGCAAAUUUGAACAUUUCUCUCGCGAACGGGGUAAGUGUGGAAUGACGGCAACGCGGUUUACCCAAGCUGCACGACGAAAUCAUGUGUUUAUAUUUCGUUGGCUCCUUCACUCAGUCCAUUUUUUUGAGUUGCUAAAAUUAAGUAAUAGAUAACUUCAAAUUUCUGUCGAAAUUAAAAAUGACCUUCCUAUUGGUAGAGUGGGUGUCAAAAAAGGUUCCAAAAGAAUAUUCAGUAGUUCCGGCGGAAAGUAUUGAGGACGGAGCUAUUCGGCAAAAUGCGAAAUCUCUAAUAAACCAAAUUGUGAGUAUAAUUUGGAAAAAAGGAAAAAUUUUCCCUGCCGUGAUUUUGGAAACAGGGGACGAUGAAAAGCAUCUCUGGGAACGGGCAGACUUCUACGGCGAAACAACAAAAGUUGGAGACAUUUCGACAAAUAAGCGAAGUCAUGAAAUUCUGGAAGUGCCUGUGAAGAAAAAGGGAAGCAAGCCCGAUUAGUAGCCGGUCGAGAACGAGCAAAUGCCAUCCAAGUCGUCCUUGACUCUCUAGAAUCGGACCAAAUUAUUGACCUAAAUCCUGACACAAAUUCGUCCGUACAAACUCCUAC